CUGACAGUAAAAUUUUUAUCAGUCAAGCAAGACAAGACGAUCGCCUUCUUCCAGCAAAUGUUACAAUAGUCAAAAAGAAUUUAGUAUUUAAUCCUGUAAAUAGGUUGUGUGCUCAAAAUGUCUGAACCUCCCAAAGAACGCUAUGUACCAAAUGCUCUAAAAUUUGCAUUUGGUGGCCUUGCCGGUAUGGCCGCCACAUGUGUAGUCCAACCGUUGGACUUAAUCAAGACGAGGAUGCAGCUGGGUGGCGGGAAUGCGUCCAGUUUCGCGGUGGCUGGCGAAAUCAUAGCCAAGGAAGGUUUCUUCUCGCUGUACACCGGUCUAUCAGCAGGUCUACUGAGACAGGCCACCUACACAACAACCCGUCUCGGUGUCUACAACUGGUUGUUUGAUUCUUACAAGCAAACGUACGGAGACAACCCCGGCUUCGGCAUGAAGGCGAUUCUGGGCGUGGCUGCGGGCUCGGUGGGAGCCUUCGUGGGCACUCCCGCCGAAGUCGCGCUCAUCCGGAUGACCGCCGACGGCCGCCUGCCCAAGGAACAACGCAGGAACUACAAAAACGUUGUCGAUGCCAUUCUCAGGAUCAUCAAGGAAGAAGGUGUGUUGAAGCUGUGGCGAGGCGCCACUCCCACAGUCGCUCGCGCUAUGGUCGUCAACGCGGCGCAGCUCGGUACAUACUCACAGGCGCGGGAGUGGUUCGUGGGCGUAGUACCGGAUGGCAUCCAACUGCACUUUUGUGCCUCCAUGGUGUCCGGUCUCGUCACCACCAUCGCCUCCAUGCCAGUAGACAUCAUCAAGACCAGAAUUCAAAAUGCAGCUAAAGGUCAAUCUCAGUUGUCAGUUGUGACGUCACUCCUGCGCAAUGAGGGCGUAUUCUCUCUGUGGAAGGGUUUCCUGCCAUACUACACCCGUCUGGGACCUCACACAGUCCUAACAUUUAUAUUCCUUGAACAGCUCAAUACUAUAUACUUCAAAUUGACUUAAAUGUGUCUGGAAGUUAGCUGAAUGUCGCAUGAAAUUUACAUAUUAAAACCUUUUUA